CUGAGGACCCCUCAACUGCUGUGGCCUCUUUGAACUCCUGCCAUGCUUGUCAUUUCCUCUAUCUCCACCUUCAUCUUGGAGAGGAGUUUGAAUGUGAGCGUGGUGAAGUUCACGUAGGAUCGAUGGUUGCAAGUGGUCACCAUCUUGGUCCUUAAGGACAAUCAAACGUUUGUCCCUUGGGGUCCUCCUUCCUGUCUACCACACGCCAAGUGCUGGUUGUAAUUUUUGUUGUUUUGAUAUACCCUUCUGAUCAAAGCAGUGAAACAUCUGUCCGUCGAAGCUUCGAUAUGAAGAGAGAAAUGAAAUUGGAAUGGAGGGUCAUAAUCCGGUAGGAUUCAUUACAUUUUAUAAAAAUCCAUAUUUUUCCAUCGAAAUCACGCAAUUAUUUGUGAUGCCACCAUGCCAGAGAAUGGGUAUUGGUACCCACCUAUUAAAAAAUGCAUAUCAGGAAAUUGCAGGUUUCGAUAACGUUGAGCAAGUUACUGUUAAAGAACCAAAUAUGCCGUUCUCAAAUCUAAGAGACUUUCUAGACUGUCAGCUAUUGAUGAAAUUUGAGGAAUUUAAUUAUGAAAACAUACACAAAGGUUAUAAUAAUAUCAUGUACGAAGUAGCCAAUAAGGCAUACAAAUUUAGUAAGCACCGAGUGAGACGUGUUAAUGAAAUACUAAGAUUGGCAUACAUCCAGUGUAACAUGCUCGAUGGAAACUACAAACUAAUGGUUAAAGAAAUCACUCGGCGUUUGAAGAUUCCUUUUAAGAAGGGUAUUCGCAUUUUGAAGGAGAAACUAGAGAACAAUCCAUAUCAUGGCAAGUUGAUCGAAAAUUUACAAGGAGUUAAUGCAAAAUUAGAUGCUACUAUUACUGCACAUAUGGUUGACAUACAAUUGGCUGCCACCUUAGUUAAUGCUAAACUCUUUAAACCUAAUUUACAGUGAUCGACCAAAAAUGAAGUAUUGCUGGUAAAACAUGAAAAUGUCUUCCAGAAUGCACCACAUGUGUUUUACCUAUAUUGUUGAGUUUUUCAUGUAUUUAAGAUUCUAGUCUUGUAAAA